AUGGCUUUCCCAUUCAUGAGAAGUUUUAUUAUGCUGUUCCUCUACCGCUACUUACGACUAGUCAUUAACUUGUGGUCGUUCUAUACCUUCAAGCCCAUCCCGAUUCCAGAGAAUCCCAGACUAACGGCGGAAGAUGUGACCGUGAUAGUGCCGACUCUAGAAGGAUGCGGAGAUGAAUUGGUGGAAACAAUUCGUACUAUCCUUGAUAACCGGCCUGCGGAGCUUCUCCUAGUAACCAUCGAAGCCAACCGCAAGAAAGCCGAGAAGAUGCUGUCUGCCAUGCCUGCUUUCAACUCCAGGGUUCGCUUGUUCACUGUCACCCACCCCAACAAGCGGCGACAGAUGACCCGGGCUAUUCCAGAGGUGCGAACUGCUAUUACUAUAUUUGCCGACGAUGAUGUGAGCUGGCCGUCCACCGCAUUGCCGUGGAUAUUGGCACCGUUUGAUACGGACGACCGCUAUGGCGGUGUCGUAACAUGCCAGCGGCUACGUCGAGCUGUCAACCCCACUUUCUCCGAACGCAUAUGGGGUUUUCUUGGGGCUCUGUAUCUGGAACGUCGCAACUUUGACUGUGCUGCCACUACUCACAUUGAUGGUGGCGUUCCUUGCCUUUCCGGCCGAACAGUUGCCUAUCUUACUAAAAUUUUGCAAGAGGAUGGCUUUACCAAUGCUUUCACAAACGAGGAAUGGUGGUUCGGCAAGUACCAGCUCAAUGCAGAUGAUGACAAUUUUAUUACUCGCUGGAUGGUCUCUCAUGGAUGGGAAACAUACCUUCAAUACCAUCCCGAAGUCGAAGUCAAGACCACGCUUGAGAAUAACCCGAAAUUCCUUAAGCAGUGUGCUCGAUGGUCUCGAAGCAAUUGGCGCAGCAAUUUGACCAGCAUGUUCAGCGAAUGCCAUAUCUGGUACCGGCAGCCAUGGAGUACGUAUGCGGUCCAUCUCACGACGCUUUCGCCUCCUGCUCUUCUGGGCGACCUGCUUCUCGUCUACCUGUGCCACAAGGCCACCGAAUACUGGGAUGGGGACUCGCAUUCGCUAGCAAUGCGCGCUUUAUAUAGCUGGAUGUUACUCAGCAAGUUUAUCAAACUUCUCGGACACUACAUUCGAUACCCCGUUGACGUUUUAAUGCUGCCGAUCUCUAUUCUCUUCGGCUACUUCCACGGGGCAAUCAAGAUCUACGCUGUGCUCACACUUAAUGUAACUACAUGGGGAAGCAGAGAAGGCGCUGAUGCCAAUGACUCGGAGCGCAUGAGAAAGCGAUCCGAUAUCGAGCGUCAAAAGCAGAACCAACGGCUUAACUUAUUUGUCUAA